GAAUCUCAUUACUCUUUUCACUCAAACUGGCUUCCGUGUCUUAAAAGAAGCUAUAAAGAAUCAGAGAUGAGUGAAGAAAGAAGAAAAAUGUUUUAAAUAAGGAAUUUUGAGACAUUUGUUUCUGAACAGAUAGCGCAUCUUUGUGAUUCUAAUGGUGAUUCAUUUUUGAAACCAUUGUUUAGAAAAUGAAAGUAAAGUUCAGAGUGCUGGAGCUCAAACAGUGAGAAUGGCUUCUUCAGCUGAAGAUGAUUAUAUCUGUCCUGUUUGCUGUGAAAUCUUCAAGGCUCCUGUUCUUCUAUCAUGUAGUCACAGUUUCUGUAAAGAGUGUCUUCAACAGUUCUGGAGAACCAAGGAAACUCAGGAGUGUCCCAUCUGCAGGAGAAGAUCCUCAAGAGAAGAACCACCAUAUAAUCUUGCAUUAAAAAACUUGUGCGAGUCAUUCCUGAAGGAGAGAAAUGAAAGACAUUCAUCUGAGGAGAUCUGCAGUUUACACAGUGAGAAACUCAAACUCUUCUGUCUGGAGGACAAACAGCCGGUGUGUUUAGUGUGCAGAGAUUCACAACAACACGACAAUCACAAAUUCAGACCCAUCAGUGAAGCGGUUUCAUCAUUUAAGGAGGAGCUCAUUACAGCACUGAAAUCAUUACAAGAGAAUCUGAAACACAAUGAAACAGUGAAAGGAAAGUUCGAGAAAACAGUUCGACACAUCAAGUCUCAAGCUGAGCACACAGAGCGUCAGAUUAAACAGCAGUUUGAGAAGCUUCAUCAGUUUCUCAGAGAUGAAGAAGAAGCUACAAUCACUGCACUGAGAGAGGAAGAGGAGCAGAAGAAGAAAAAGCUGGAGGAGAUGAACCGACACAUCUCAGCUCUUUCACACACAAUCAAAGACACGGAGGAGAUGAUGAAAGCCAGUGACGUCUGCUUUCUGAAGGAGUUUCCAGUCACAAUGGAAAGAGUCCAGAUCUCAUCACAGCCGGAUCCACAGACUCCUUCUGGAGCUUUGAUUCAUGUGCCACGAUACUUGGGCAACCUGCCCUUCAGAGUCUGGAAGAAGAUGCAGGACAUCGUCCAGAACACUCCUGUGAUUCUGGAUCCAAACACUGCAAAUCCAUGGCUUGUCCUGUCUGAUGAUCUGACCAGUGUGAGAAAUUGCAGGAACAAACAACCUCUUCCAGAUAAUCCAGAGAGAUUUGACUUCUAUCCCUGUGUUCUGGGUUCAGAGGGGUUUAACUCAGGAACACACUGCUGGGAUGUGGAGGUUAAACAGAGUCAACGCUGGUGUCUUGGAGUAACUACAGCAUCAAACCAGGGGAAGGGAUGUGAUUUCUUCAACACUGAUGUCUGGAGUGUGGAGUUUCAUCUGUCAGGACGGUAUUUAGGUUCUGGUUUCCGGGUUAAACGGAAGCUUGAUCAUGUGAGAGUGAAUCUGGACUAUGACAGAGGAACAGUGUCAUUCUCUGAUCCUGUAACUAACACACAUCUACAUACAUUCAAAACCACCUUCACUCACACACUCUUCCCAUUCUUCUAUUGUUUUGACUCUCUUAGGAUCUUACCCUUCAAUAGUCAGUAAACGUUACUGUGACGAGUGGGGCGGACCGAAAGCCGAGAGCGAUUUUAUGAUAAAUAAAGCUGACUUUGUAGCAUUCAUUUGUGCUGUGCUAAAUGGUACUUCACAGGCAGAAAGGAAGUCAGUGAAGAUAAAGAUUAUCGUAGGAUAUGCAAAUACAUUUCUAAAGUUAGCUGGAGUUACAGCCGAGAAAUUCCAUUGGAUUUUGAAAUCAAAGGAUGGAACUCCUGCUUUGGAUAUGACAGAUUAAUAAUAGUGUUAUAAUGUCUUUCCUGCUACUACAUUGGAAUGCCAGGAGCGUAAUAGCAAGUGGGCAAGAAUUUUAGAAACG